CCGCGCCGAUCUCGGGAGCGUCCCGGCCGCUGUGCGCGAGCGAGACGCAGGCCGCGCGCGCGGGGAGCGCGCUCGUGAGUGCGGGCCGCGCGCUCGGUGGCGCGCAUGUGUGUGUGUGCGGGCUGCCAGGCUGCCGCGAGCCGGCAGGGAGCCUGUCCGCUCCAGGUGGCGGGCGGCGGGAGCAAGGGAGCGGACAUGGACUUCGAUUCGUACCAGCACUAUUUCUACGACUACGACUGCGGGGAGGAUUUCUACCGCUCCACGGCGCCCAGCGAGGACAUCUGGAAGAAAUUCGAGCUGGUGCCGUCGCCCCCCACGUCGCCGCCCUGGGGCUCCUGUCCUGGCGCCGGGGACCCAGCACCCGGGAUUGGUCCCCCGGAGCCAUGGCCCGGUGGGGGCGUUGGGGAUGAGGCGGAAUCUCGGGGCCACUCGAAAGCUUGGGGCAGGAACUACGCUUCCAUCAUUCGUCGUGAUUGCAUGUGGAGCGGCUUCUCCGCCCGAGAACGGCUGGAGAAAGCGGUGAACGACCGGCUGGCCCCUGGCGCGCCCCGGGGAAACCCGCCCAAGACGCCUGCAGCUCGGGACUGCACUCCUAGUCUCGAAGCCAGUAACCCGGCGCCUGCCACCCCCUGUCAGCUGAGUGAGCCCAAGACUCAGGCCUGCUCAGGGUCGGAGAGCCCAAGCGACUCGGAGGGUGAAGAGAUCGAUGUUGUAACAGUGGAGAAAAGGCAGUCUCUGGGUAUAUGGAAGCCAGUCACCUUCACAGUGUGGGCAGACCCACUGGAUCCCUGCAUGAAGCACUUCCAUAUCUCAAUCCAUUAACAACAGCACAACUAUGCUGCCCGGUUUCCUCCCGAAAGUUGCCCCCAAGAAGGUCCAGACAGGGGUCCCCAGGAAGAGACUGUGGAGAGAGAAGCACCCAAGGAGAAGCAAGAUGAGGAGGGUGAAGAGAUUGUGAGCCCCCCACUUGUAGAAAGUGAGGCACCUCAGCCCUGCCACCUCAAACCUGUCAGUUCUGAUACUGAGGAUGUGAGCAAGAGGAAGAACCAUAACUUCUUGGAGCGCAAAAGGCGAAAUGACCUCCGCUCACGGUUCUUGGCCCUGAGAGACCAGGUGCCCACCUUGGCCAGCUGCUCUAAGGCCCCCAAAGUAGUGAUCCUCAGCAAGGCCUUGGAAUACCUGCAAGCACUGGUGGGGGCUGAGAAGAGGAUGGCUACAGAGAAAAGGCAGCUCCGGUGUCGGCAGUAGCAACUGCAGAAAAGAAUUGCGUACCUCAGUGGCUACUAACUGACCAAAAAGCCUGAUUCUUCUCUUACAAAGACACGUUUAUAUUUUAACCUCCCUUUCCCCUUUAGUAAUUUGCACAUUUUGGUUAGGGUGGGACAGUCUGAACAGUAGAUCCAGAAUGCAUUGCAGCCAGUGCACACACAAUAAGGGCUUGCAUUCUUGGAAACCUUGAAACCCAGCUCUCCCUCUUCCCUGACUCAUCAGAGUGCUGUGUCCUCUGGCACCAUUGGCUUCUCAGCAGGCAGCUGACUGAGGAGCCUGGGGGUCUGCCUAGCUAUCUAGCUAGCUCUGAAAAAAAGGCUGACAGAUGCUAUGCAACAGGUGGUGGACGUUGUCAGGGGCUCCAGCCUGCAUGAAAUCUCACACUCCGCUGCAGCUUUAGGCUAGGAAAGGAUGCGCCCACUGAUGUCUCUGGGGGUGAUGCAAGGACAGCUGGGCCUGACACUCCCUGAGCCUUUUUUCCAGGAGACACUCUAGCUGUCUUGGGUGAAGACAAGCUUGUAGACUUGAUCAACAUGGACCAUUACCUCACUGUCAGACACUUUACAGUAAAUGAGGAGUGCAAACCAUAUAUAUAUAUAUGGUUUGCAAACCAUAUUUAUAUAUAUAUAUAUAUAAUGAUGUUAGGUGAUACCCCUCCCUCUACUCUCAAUGCUGUGACUUUGAGAACAUUAAAAGAGCUUGGCCCCUACAUUCUUUGUCUCAGUCUCCCUUGGGCCCUCUUCUCUGAGGGAGAGAGCUUUCUGUGCUCAAAAGGGAUUUUUUGUUUGUUUGUUUGUUUGAUUCUGCCUUUGUUAUGCAAUGGGCUCUGUAGCACCCUUUAUCCACAGGUCUGAAAUAUUUACCCAGAGCACAGGGAAAUGGGUUCUGGCCUGGGGUCUGGAGAAAACUUGGAGUCCUGACUCAUGAACUUGCUCCCUUGACCAGGUUUUUCCAAGGACCAUUUGGGAUUCAUCUCUGACUUCACAAACAGGCCUAAGCCACCUCAAAAGGAAGCACUGUACUACUUCCUCUUUCACACCUGCCUCUCAGCUCAGUCCUUGAUUCCGUUUGAAGUUCUAUUGGAACCAUACAAACCUGUCCAGGGAGUGUGCUAGUCUGUAGCCACCAGCCUGGUUCUCUGCCAGCUUGACAUGAGUCAGAUGCCUUUCCCAGAAUCUAGGCCUUACUGAGGUUCUGGGGAGAGCCAUUGGAAUGCAUCCAGGGCUCCAGAAGGUGGACUUGCUUCCCCAUGGGUUGCAAAGGCACUUUGAGGAGCUCUGCUUAGCCAACUCUGAUGGAUUUUGCAGCUCGAAGUGGAAUUGAGACAUAGCCUCAAACAUGGGAAAGCCACCUAACCCUAUAGGUGGCAUGUGAGCAACCCCCAGGUUGGCAUGGAAGAAAGAUCAGCCCCUCCAAAACUCUGCCCAGGACAGCAGGUGCCUGAUGGCUCUGAAUGUGGAAGUGGAGGAGGAGAUAUGGAUGCUAAACACUCUUCGUAGCUCUGCAAAACUAAGUGCUGCUUUCGACCUACUGUCCAUGAUGGUCUCUUUCUGAGGUGGCUUCCUAGCCUAAGAGACCCCCCGUGGAACUUUGGGAUGUAUAGACACUCUACCUUCUGGAGCAGGGUUUUCAGGAGCCAACUGACUUCUGGAACUGUCUUGGAAGGACAGGUGGGAAGUAGGUUACUGAUGUCCCACCUGAAUAGCUUGUGUUUUAUAAGCUGCUGCUGGGUAUUAUGCUGGGAGGAAUCUUUUUUUUUUUUUUUUUUUAUACUGUAUUUUUGUAUGCCUUUUGCAAAGUGGUGGUGUUUUUGUACAAGGAAAAAAAAUUGGGCAAUUCUGUUGCAAGGGUCUGAUUUAUUUUAAAGGGCAAGUUUACCUGAAAUUUUGUAUUUAGUUGUGAUUACUGAUUGCCUGAUUUUACACUGUUGCCUUCUGGGACAUCUAAUAAAAGAUUUCU